AGAACGACAGAAAAAAAAAAAGAUAAAAUUGAUUUAAUUGUUCAGAUCAUUUCGGGUUACAGGGUCGUAUCGGGCCAGCCGACAUAUUUCUUCUUUAUUGCUAGAACCUAGAAACCGGCUUUGGUGAAUUUUCGUGUCUAGGGAUUUUUCUGACUGUUUGUUCGUGAGCUCUUUUUAUUCUUAUCCUUGUUUCUAAUUGUUCUGAUCUCUGGAUUCUUCCUCCCUUUACGAAUUUGGAGCCUGAAGAUGGGUUUCUGAUUUCUUCCUUUUAAAAGUUUUCAUUCUUCUCUCCUUUGGAUCGGUGAUUUUUGGAUUCGCAUCCAUGAACGAUUGAAAGUUGGAAACUGUUUGAAUAUUACUUUCUUUCCAUUCUCCUUUUUCUUUUAAUUGGCAUUUCUGGGUUGUUUUGAUAUCGUCAAAUCUAUGUACAAUUAGGGCUCUUUGAUCUCAUUCUGCUUGAAAGGUUGCAUUUUUCCUGUCCGAAUCGGUGGUUUUUGGAUUCGGGGGAGUAGCUCGAGCGUUAGGGCUUCUAUUCUUAACUGAUUUAUUUCGGAUACCAUUUUGGUGAGAAGGAAGGAGGCCUUGGGUUGGUAGGAUUAAAUUUACUGCUCUUCCCGGUUGAAUUCCGGAGACAUGUUAGAAGGUCAGUCCUGUCUGGUCUCGAGGGCGUUGCCGGGCACCUGUGAGCAAGACAGUAAGUGGGUUUACAUGACUUAUCGUCUUAUCGAGGUCUCCAAAGGCAAGCGCCGUUUAGAAGACGAUGGGCGAGAAGAACCUGUGGAGAGGAAGUCUUCCAAGCGAAUUGAUGCGCUUGAGAAAGAGGAAAUGACCCAAACUCUGCAAGAUCCUUCCCCGUCUACCAUGGAUGAAUCCAGUAACAAAGGGGACCAUGGGGAUCAAUCUGCAAGAUCUUUCCCCGUCUCCAAUGGCAACCGCCGUUUAGAAGACGAUGGACAAGGAGAACAUGGGGAGAACAAGUCUUCCAAACGACUUGAUACUCUUGAGAAAGAGGAAACGACCCAAACUCUGCAAGAUCUUUCACCGUCUCCUGUGGAUGAAUCCAGUAACGAAGGGGACCAUGGGGAUCAAUCUGAUUUAAAUUCCCUCAUCCAGCCCAUAGGGCGGGACAUGUCUAUCAACUGCCUGCUUCGCUGCUCGAGGUCUGAUUAUGGUUUGCUUGCCUCCCUAAAUCGGAGCUUCCGGUCUCUAUUUCGAACUGGAGAGCUAUAUAAGCUGAGGCGGAAGAUGGGUGUUAUUGAACAUUGGGUUUAUUUCGCAUGUCACCUCCUUGAGUGGGAGGCCUUCGAUCCCAUUCGUCGUCGCUGGAUGCAUUUACCAAGGAUGCCUGCAAAUGAAUGCUUCAUGUGCUCUGAUAAAGAGUCUCUGGCAGUGGGCACAGAGCUUCUUGUAUUUGGGAAGGAAGUUAGAUCUCAUGUCAUAUACAGAUAUAGCAUUUUGACAAAUUCCUGGUCUGCCGGCAUGAGGAUGAAUGCCCCUAGAUGCUUGUUUGGGUCUGCCAGCCUCGGGGAGAUUGCAAUUCUUGCUGGGGGCUGCGAUUCAGAGGGGAACAUCUUGAGUUCGGCAGAACUAUAUAAUUCAGAGACUGGAACUUGGGUGACUCUCCCCAGUAUGAACAAGCCGAGGAAGAUGUGUUCCGGAGUAUUUAUGGAUGGGAAGUUUUAUGUUAUUGGGGGAAGCAACCAAGAGGCACCACUUACCUGUGGAGAAGUCUAUGAUUUGGAAACAAAGAUGUGGACUGAAAUCCCUAACAUGUUCCCUGGACAAAAUGGUGCAGCUGGGGGAACGGCACCCCCUCUGGUUGCAGUGGUAAAUAAUGAGCUUUAUGCAGCUGAUUAUGCAGAGCAGGUGGUGAAGAAGUAUGUAAAGAGCAGAAUCUUGUGGGAUAUCGUGGGUAGAUUACCUGAGAGGGCAGUCUCAAUGAAUGGUUGGGGGCUUGCAUUUAGAGCAUGCGGGGAUCGGCUUAUAGUUAUCGGCGGUCCAAGGGCUUUGGGUGGAGGGACCAUAGAGCUCAAUUCAUGGUCCCCUAAAGACGGUGCACCGCAGUGGGACCUUUUGGCUUGCAGGCCAUCAGGGAGCUUUGUCUAUAAUUGUGCUGUAAUGGGGUGCUGAUGUGUCAAGUUUUGGUGACACCAUUUGUAAUGUACGGGUUCCUCACAUUGGAUGUACAAGAUUGGUUUGUUGAAGGGAUAGUUUCUGGCUAA